UUAAUUCCAUGAACUACCCAAUACCUUCUCAUUUUCAGGAGCAGAAGGAUCAGGCUCAGAAAAUGUAUAAAUAGAGGCAGAGCUGAAAACUCCCCACAAAAAUCAACUAAAGAUACAGACAUCAGUUCUAAGACUUCACAUAGCUGGCAAUUCCACCAUCAAUAUAUCUGGAACAAGCAACACCAAGAAAUAAGGACACUGCAGAAUUUUGACACUUUAAUUAGUGGAUGCAGCAAAGUGGAUUCAAAGUUUCAUAUGCAAGCACUUGAUUAACUGCGCCCAGGUCAUGGGCCCAUGCCCGGUUGCCAAGACGACAAGGAGAAGUUGAACAUACCUUUGGACUUCUAGGUUUGUAGCAGAAGAAACCCACUUUCUACUCGGGAGGGACGGAGCCCACGCUGCGCACCCGGCAGCAAGCUCGCCAUGGCGAUGGGCGGAGGCGGCGGCGUCCCAGAGCCGGAGGACUCGGUGCUGUUCCGGCGCGGCACGGGCCAGAGUGAUGAUUCUGACAUUUGGGAUGAUACAGCAUUGAUAAAAGCUUAUGAUAAAGCUGUGGCUUCAUUUAAGCACGCUCUAAAGAAUGGUGACAUUUCCGAAGCUUCAGAAAAACCAAGAGGCACACCUAAAAGAAAACCUGCUAAGAAGAGUAAAAGCCAAAGAAAGAAUACCACAACUCCCUUGAAGCAGUGGAAAGUUGGUGACAAAUGUUCGGCCAUUUGGUCAGAAGACGGCUGCGUUUACCCAGCUAUCAUUGCCUCGAUUGAUUUUAAGAGAGAAACCUGUGUUGUGCUUUACACUGGAUAUGGAAAUAGAGAGGAGCAAAAUCUGUCUGAUCUACUUUCUCCAACCUCUGAAGUAGCUAAUAAUAUAGAAGAAAAUGCUCAGGAGAAUGAAAAUGAAAGUCAAAUUUCAACAGAUGAAAGUGAGAACUCCUCCAGGUCUCCUGUAAAUAAACCAAGUAACUUCAAAUCAAAAGCUGCUCCUUGGAACUCUUUUCUCCCUCCACCACCCCAUAUGCCAGGACCAGAUCUGGGACCAGGAAAGCCAGGUCUAAAAUUCAAUGGCCCACCGCCACCACCACCACCACCACCACACUUACUGUCAUGAUGGCUGCCUCCAUUUCCUUCUGGACCUCCAAUAAUUCCCCCACCACCUCCCCUAUGUCCAGAUUCUCUGGAUGAUACUGAUGCUUUGGGAAGUAUGUUAAUCUCUUGGUACAUGAGUGGUUAUCAUACUGGUUACUAUAUGAGUUUCAAACAAAGCCAAAAAGAAGGAAGGUGCUCACAUUUCAAUUAAGGAGUAAGUCUGCCAUCGUUAUAAAAGAGAAUCUUGCUUUUUUUAAUAAAUUUUAUAGUUUGCAAAAAAUAUAUGUUUAAAAAUUGAAAUAUUGAAAAGUAGAAAAGUUAGUGUAAAACAAUAUUAAAGACAUUUUGAUGCAAAAACUAUUUGAUAAAAGAUUGAUCUACA